CGUGCCGCUCGUUUCUCCUCCACCGUCGCCGCCAGCCCUAGCCCGUGCUACCGAAUCGGAAAGCGACGAGCCCAAAGUCACAUAUGUCCGGCGACGCGAACAGCACCGUGCUCGGCGUCCUCGUGCUCGCGAGGCACGGCGACCGCCAGGGAUUCUACCAGGACCCGAACACGUACGCCGCCUCGGCGACCAGGAUCACCCCGCUCGGCAACCAACAGCACGUCCAGCUCGGCGGGCUGCUGCGCGCGCUCUACCUCAACGCCUCGUCCCCAUCGAACAUCGCGGGCCUGAACGGCACCGCACUCUUCGACCCGACGCAGGUCGCGGUCAGCGCCGACGCGGGCGACGAGGGCGGCGUGAUCUACGACUCGGCGGUGUCGCUCACGCAGGGGAUGUGGCCCGCGACGAGCGCGUACAACACGACGCUCGCGAAUGGGACGACCGUCGUGGGGCCCUUGUCGGGGUAUCAGUACGUUCCUAUCGCGUCUGUCGAAUCCAGCAACGACGUUUCGCUUGAGGGUUUCACUUCAUGCGGGACCUUCACGAACUACGUCAACGCAUUCUACAACUCGUCCGAGUUCGCGCAAAAGACGCAGGAGAGCGCGUCGUUCCUCGGCCAGCUGAAGCCCUACCUCGACGGACGCCCGGUCGUGCUCAAAAACAUGUGGAACAUCUUCGACUACAUGAACGUCCAAUCCAUCCACAACGCCACGUUCCUCAACGACCUCCCGGGCACGUACCUCGCGCAGGCGCGCGCGCUCGCGAACUGGCACCAGUACAACUCGUUCAGCGCGCCCCAGCUGGACAGCAUCGGAAACAUCGCCGCUCGCACGGCCCUGCCUUCGAUGAUCACCGGCCUGCAGCGAAUCGCCAACGGCUCGGACACGUUGAAGGUUGAUAUCAUCGCUAUCUCUUACAAACCCUUCCUCUCGCUCUUUAACAUGACCGGCGUCGCCGAGGCGAACCCCAGCCUUGCGGGCAUCGUCGACUACGCCGCCGCCGUGGCGCUCGAAGUGCGCCAGGCGUCUUCUGGCGGCGAGCCCGUGCUGCGCUUCAAUUUCAAGAACGGGACCGCAGACUCGUUCCACACGUACAAUUUGUUCGGCUCCGAUGGCGAUGUCCCGCUCGCGUCCUUCGUGAGCGCCUUGGCCCCCGCUGCGGUGAACACGACGACAGAGUGGUGCAGCGUGUGCGCGAACACGCAGGAUCGGGGCUGCGGCGCGCUCGCGCUCGCGGCGGCGCAGGCCAAGACGCACCAAAAGAUCAGCCCCGUCGGCGCUGGCUUCCUCGGUGCAGGGCUGACCGUCGCGGUCCUGGCCAUGGCUCUCGGGGUGCUGGCCUUCCUUGGGGUUCUCGUCUUUGGCAGGCGGUCCAGGCGGGCGGUCCAGGCGAACUCCAGCGAGAAAAAACAGCAGGGGAGCUAUGACGGGAGCGCGUGAUUCCGUGCCUCCGGAGCGAAGCCAUGUAGCGGUAAAGUCCCGAGAUGACCUUCUUCUCGAUCUGUUCGGUGUAUGAGGUGGAUGCUGCGCUAUGCUGCGUUACGGUAUGUACAUUGGGUCCUUGAGGACCAACAGGAUUGGGCGAUUUUGUCUCGCAUGCAUAGUGGAGUCCCGCGUGAUGCGUUCUCGCCAGUCGAGACGACGGAACCAAUUUGACUCGAAAGGACAGAAACAUUUACUUAUCGAUCAUGCUGUCGAAGCUGCGACCGCUGCCCAAUGAAACUGCGGUAGAUAGGCAUCCGAGGAUCGGCAGGCGUGGAAAUCUGUUGAUUCUUGAACGUUGGAGCAAUCCGGGGACCUAUGAGUCUUCGGCAACGGAGAUUGCCUGCGACCAGAGCUCUUCGACUGCGUGCAUGCGUCAAGGUGGGGUGGGGUUUGGCAGCGAUCGUUGAAAAGACAACAAUCGACCACAUGCGCGCUCUCCCGUUAUGGGUUUUUUGACAGCGAAGUCGAUUGAGGUCCAUAUACUAUUUGUCGACCUCCAUUUGAUUCGUCAUGUGAGGGUACGUAGUGAACGCUCGAACGAUUAUUGGCGCUUAGCCUCGCCAAGGGUACGGGGACGGAAGGUGCCAAGCGGCCGUUCCCCCGAUGCCUCGCUACACGGAAGUAAGAAAUCGACGAGGGUGUAACGCCACGACUUCAUCCGCGUUAUUCUGCUCAGUGUGCUCUGAAUCUUGCACUCAACAGGCACCGCGACUGCGCCGCGCAGGCGCUCCACGGCAGAUGUUCACAGCCGUGUAUGUAUGUAUGCGGGACCCCCUUCUUCAGAUAACGGAGCACUGCUUCAUCAGGUUGGCUCUAUCUCGCACGCCGGUGCUUGGAUGUUCAAUCGGACAGGCCGCCAAACGACCCGAGCUUACGUUGGUGGUUUAAACGACCUGGCACUU